AUGCAGCCAAUCAUCAUUGAUCAACCAAGAUCCGCAACGACGGCGACCCAUAAUGCCGCCUACAACUCUUCUGUACUGACCGCGACGGGCGAGACACAGAAUCGCCUCUUUGUCGAGGAUCCAGUAGCCGAAAACCCUCGACAACCAGUCUACAAAUCCCCUCGAAGGGCUUUGCGACAAGCCUCCUGGAUUUUCUCCGGAAGACUCCUACGGGCCUCCAAAUCCCACACCUUGUGGAAUCCAGUAAAUUCCUCGGCGGUCGUCAGUUCGCCUCCGACAGCUGUCCCCUCUGAUGCCACCACAACUUUGUCGCUAGCAGGCCAUGCUCCGCAAUUGGCCCUCCUAACCAAACCGUCGAUCUUCAAGGCCGCUCCUCUCCGACGUAGCAAUCUCCCACGCCAUAGCAGCCUCCAGGUCGGACCCCUAAGCUCUGGCAGAAAUCCAACUCCGCACAGCAGAACCGCUAGGUCCCUUCGAGGCGAGCACCCAUUCUACUUUCGACCGCCACCGCUGCCCAAAAGGCUGAGCCUCGCCCAGAGUGCAAUGACCCCCACACCCUCCCAGCACAGUCUCCACUCGGACAGCCCUUCAAAACGCCCACCAACCCCAGCUAAAGAUCUUGAAUAUGGCAUACCCCAUCGGCCACCCCACCAAUCCCGUGUUUCUACCCCACGUCUCAGCCACCAGGCAUCCUCUACCAAGUCAAACCUCGCCUGGGGCCCCUUACACCCAUGCUACCCACACCCAAACCCGCACAUACCUCUCACGUCGCCGCUACGCAGCACGACACGUAUAAUACGCAUACCGAGGGAUUGGAUGAUAGAGGGCGACCUAGCGCCCACAUUCAGCCACACAUACCCCGAGGUCCUCGGUCCCUGGGUUAGCGAAUCGGAUUUUCGAAAUUUGAUCAAGGAUGUUAAUGAAGGGGUCACAGCAGCAUUCUCACCAUACGGAUGGAGAGCUUGGGUAGACGCGGUAUUAGGCGUAGCUACUGGCUGGCUAUACGAGGAUUUGGGCUUUGCGGGCGUGAAGAAGAGGGCGCGGGAUGUGGAGUUGCUAAUCGAAGAGUGGAAUGCAAAAGGGAGGAAGGGACUUGACAAGGAGGACGGGGACCUGGUGAAGGCAAUACCGUUGAGGAGGACGGGAUACCUGUGUCUGGAUAUUCAGAUACCAGACCCGCAUGUCGGGGCUGUAGAUGAUGAAGGAGAAGGUGAAGAGACUCCUAACGGGAGCGCAGCUGGCAGCGGGAGGGGAGAGUAA